UGCAGCACAAAAGGAACAAAACAAGUGGAAAUUCUAUAAAUACCUUAUAGAUAACAUAAUAUAUAAUAUAUAGAGAGAGAUAAAUACUGCAAAACAAGACACGCUUAUCAAACCUAUCGACAGUGAAUCAUGGGUGCAGUGCAGCCAGGAGCAGUUGUGAGCAUUGAACACACUUGGGUGCACUCGUCUCCAUAUGCCCAACUGCCUCCAUUUGCCGUAGUCGGUGGUCACGAUGCCGACCGCUCGCCCAUCUAUGUGGGCCGCUCCUUCCACGAGGGUGAGAAUCUGCCCGCCAAGGUCAUACCGAGCAAGGGUUGCGCCUAUGUGUGCUAUGGCGGCACCGAGCACGCAAAGACCCACUACGAGGUGUUAGUUGGCCAGGGAUUCGCCUGGGUGAGCAGCUGCAGCGGUGGUGCACCACCAAAUGCGGUGCGCAGUGGCACCACCCGCUCGGGGGAGCCGCUCUAUGUGGGACGCGGUCAUUAUUCGAAUUCGCUGUGCGUGGGAAAAGUGCAUCCAUCGCAUGGUUGCCUCUAUAUACCCUUUGGCGGGCAGGAGGUGCGCAUUAACACCUACGAGGUGCUCAUCUAUCAGCGGCAGGAUGUCUGGGUUCCCGCUAACCCGAGCUAUACACCUCCCGGUGCCGUGAUUGCCGGUCACGAUACGGACCGAGCUCCCAUCUAUGCCGGCCGAGCGAUGCACGAGGGAGAGAUGCUGCCCGCCAAGGUGGUGCCCAGCAAGGGAUGUGCCUACGUCUGCUUCGGCGGAUACGAGUUCCAGAAACCCACAUACGAGGUAUUGACCGGAGUCGGCUAUGUCUGGAUGCACGCCCAUCAUCAUGGCAUGCCUCCAAAUGCGGUGACAACGGGACGUGCCCGCAAUGGUGAGCCCAUCUACUAUGGCCGUGGACACUACCAGGGCAGCCUUACACCCGGCCUGGUCUCCUCCCGACAACGCUGCCUCUACAUUCCCUACGGCGGCCGAGAGAUCCGCGUUGACUCCUAUGAAGUGCUCUGCAGGCAAUAAAUGAACCGACUUUAUUCUAUUCCUGUUUCCCUAUUCAGUUGAUAAUUCCUUUUUUAUGUUUACAUAUAUAUAUAUAUAGACUUUAAGCCGUACCAUUGUUAAUGCCAUAAACGAUCUAAACAAUUCCCAAUAAAGGUGCGUCUUUAUAUACUACAUAUUUUCAA